AUGCGCAUAAGACAAGGAAAGCCAGGAAGAUUCGCGUAUCCGCCACCAAGCGACAAAGGAGAGGAGAAUUUUCAAGAAUACUUUAUCCAAGAGUGCUCCGCUUUGAAAGAGCAAUCCAUCAUCUACGAUACUAGCAAAACUCCAUUCUUAGGGACAAGGAAACCUGAUUUCGUGUUUAUUCAUCGUGAUCAUUACUUGGAUCCCUUGAAUGUUGCAAUUGUUGGGGAGAUAAGAAAACGUACUGGAAAACAAUUUAAAAAAGUGGACAUAGGACAUUGCAUCUCCUUUGCUGAAAAGGCUCUUCAGCUUCAACCACGACGGGCUUUUAUUUAUGCAAUUUUAACCGAUUGCUAUGUGAUUGUUAUUUAUAAAAAAUAUUUUCUUACUCUUUUACCUCAAUCGUUGAACUCUCUGGGGUGGAUCGAACCAAGCCUCAUUUAUGAUGACGAAAUUGUGGAGUUGAAGCAGUUAAUUGGCGUGGGAAGAACUAGUGUCGUAUUCAAAGGCAAAUACCGUGAUGUUGGCACUUCCAUUGUUAUUACUCCAGUAUGCAAUAAAAUUCGUAAUUUGGAAAAGGGGGAUAUUAAGGCGAUUGUAAAGACUCUUGAAAUGAUUCACAAAGAAUUCAAAAUCAUCCACCGAGAUUUAAGACCAAAGUACAAUUUACUUCGGGAUGAUUCUGGCAAAAUUGUAAUAUUCGAUUGGGGAUUUAGUAUUGAGAGCGAGGAAGAAGCGUCAUUCGCAGGAGCUCUGGAAUGCUUGGGCAAUAAUAUCCUUGAAGCAUUGGCAAAUAAUCAAACCAUUACAUACACGCCAAGUGUUGAUUUAGUUUGUCUGGUAUUCUGGUCUAAUAAUGCGAAUUCGCCUAUGUGGACUAAUAUUUACGAAAAAGCGAUGCAGUUAGAUUAUGAUGGACUAGUGUCAGCUUUGGAGGAAGUGUUUUAG